AUGGACGUCGCGUACAAGCAACAUGCCAACCAGGCGCGUCGCAAAAACAGAUCGUCUACGAACAUCCAACACUUAUCUCUUGCGCCGCUCACGUCUAAAUUACCCCUGAUCGACCAUGAAGACCUACCUGACCUCGGCGCGCCGCCAUUUCAACACAAUGUUUCCUACCUACAGGGCAAAUCCGCCCCUACGACCCCACGGCUACUCCAAUCUCCUCCCCGGACUCGAGCCAACUCCCCUAGCCGACGUCGAUCCUCGGUGAACGAUCCUCUAAGCGCGAAAUUGCCAAAGAGCAAGUCCACGACUCAUCUACUUGCGUCAAACGCAAAACGCUCUGGCCUGGGACCGAUAUCGCCUCUUCCCCGGUAUCAUGUACCACCUAACAACAAAGAACGGGGAGACGACGACUGGAUUCUGCGUACGGGGGCAUUGAUCAGCUCGAAGAUGCGCGAGUCCAAGGGGCAAGCAUGGCUCGUCGAGAGGGCGAGCUCGACUAGUCUAACUGGCAUGCGUGAUGUUGACGAAGAGGCAUAUGAACGAGAAUUAGCUAGGGAGAGAGAACUCGCGAGCAGGCGGAGCAGUCGACGGGGCAGUAUAGCAAGUGGAGACGAUGAUAUCCUUUCGCCGAGCAGCCGCUACGGUAGCCGCUCUCAGAGCCGGGCUGGGAGCCGAGCUCAUUUAAGGACGCCCGUGGAGCGGCAUGUACACGAUGGGUAUUUUAGCUACGACGUGUCACCGGAAGAUCACAUUCCAGGCCCGGAUUUCGUAAGCCUGGACGAAAAGCUCGAGGCCUUCGAGACGGAUACGAGCAAAUCAGACGAGGCAGUUGUUCGGAGACUGGUCUAUAGGAAAAGCGAAGGGGUAGGCUCCUGGGUCUGGUCCCUAUUCUCCGUUGAGGAGAACGACGAAGAAUCAGACACUGCCGACGGUGAGCUGUCAGAUGGCGAAACCGAAGGAAGCCAUUUGCCUCGUAGCGCAAGCACGGUGGAAUUCGAAGGCGUUUCGAAUGCCCCAGAAGAACGAAUUCCACCCCCCAAGUCAGACGAAGGUGGUUGGCGAGACGCCGCGUGGCUUUUGACCGUGGCGUCUAAAGUCUUGCUUUAG